GCCAUGUUAUUGUUAAAUGUAAACAAUAACAUUCGUAGUCGUGAAUGGGGGAGUGGCCCCCGACGGGUGAUAUCCCCUGAACGUUUUUAAGGCCGUUUGAAAGUGACGUCAUGCUAAAUUAGUAGUGAUACGUUAUAGCUGCGAUGGUAUUUGUUAAUGAUCCAAUUUAAUUUGUACGUUUAGUAACGUAAAACAGGGGCCAGUGAAGUGGACGACACCAAUGGCGCAGGUGAUACCUUAGCUGGGAAUGGAGAGCGGAAGUGGGAUGGUCGCCUAUUGGAGUCGAUAUUGAAGUGAUAUCUGGAGAUCGUCAUGGCCAGACUUACAAUUUAGGCCUUUGAAAUCUUACUCUAGGGUGGACCCAGGUCCGUUAAGUCGCUGUCAUGGAGUGGACGAGCAGUGAGGGUCGACAAGGCACUGUCACAGUUUCGGGCACUGGUGACAUUGGCCUUAAAUUCCUUUUGCCCCUCUACCAGCUCCUUCGUAAUGAAUGUGCUGAUGCAGCUUAUCUGAUACUGAUUAAAGAAUUCAGAAACUGUGGUUAUAUGGACAAAUUACAAGCAAAUGAUAACCACCUUUCUUUCUGUGACUUUUUGUUAAGACUGAAUAGCUCAAGGAAAAGGGACAACCAAGGAUCAUCACAGACGCAGAAGAGAUCUCCUCCUUUACACAAUCUUAAUGAAAACAGAGACAUAUUGAGUCAAGUCACGGUUCAAAACUUGAGGGACCAAAACGAGAAGUGCAGAGUUCUGAAAAGUCUGGAUUUGUCAUUGUUACUGAACAUCAUUGCCAAUGAACAGCUGAGUUACAGAAUAGACCAGGUUGUGUUUGAUUCGCUGAAUGAUAUCAAGGAAAUCAGGAAUAAGGUGUUCCAUCCAAGAUACAAGUUUUCUGCAGAGAACUUUGAUGAAUAUUUAACAAAACUUGCAACAUCUUGUGAGAUACUUUAUAAGCAAGUGGAUCCAAAUCGGAUCACAAGUAUCAAAAAUCAGAUGAAGAGAUAUAAGGAACAAGGACUGGAUUGUAACUCAGGCCGCAGUAUAAUUGAAAAUCUACGACAGGAAAUUUAUACAAAGUACAUGUAUGCUGCUGAGCCAACCUUUGUUCACCCUGUCAUCUCGGACACUUCGAAAAGAAAGGUUAUUGAGAACCUUCCAAAAUAUAUUAUUGAUGACUGGAAAGGUUGCAAACGGCAUCCCAUGCUACUCUGUGGCUCAGCUGGAAUGGGUAAGUCAACAGUGCUUAGGAGUCUUGCAGCCUCAGCCAAGGAAAUGAAUACAUUUGUCCUUGUGCUGUACCUUGAAGAUAUAUACAGGAAACCAAAGCAGAAAAUACCUCCUGUUGUCACUUCAAGUUCAGAUUUUUUUUUUUGGGACCAAGUACACCACUGUGUUGAAUCUUUAGCUGCAAGAACAGUGAGAAACUAUGGACUGGAGACAGUGGCAGCAGUUAUCAGGGAACAUAAGGAUAACAUAUUAUUUAUUGUAGACUGGAAUAUGAAGUCCUUAGGAAAUCUUUUCAAAGAAAUGCAGUGUGGCACUUGGAUUACUGCUCAUCGAGAGGUCUUGUCACAUACAAAUGACUGGAUGUUGUUAGAAAUACAACCAUUUACACGUCAUCAUGUUCUUCAGCUUUUAGAAAAGUACAGUGGUGGACGUAGGGGUUCGACAAGUGAUCUGUAUGAAGAGUGUGAAUACCAGGAUUUAAUUACAUCUCCUGACAUGGUACAGGUAUUUUUUACACAUGGGAGUGCAGUCAAUUUCGACACUGAUUUUGACUUAAUUGCAGCUUUUGUUGAUGAUAAGUUCAAAAGCAGGGGUUGGUUUUGGAAUGAUAAACAGUCAGAUGUGUUAAAGUUAGGAGAGGUUGCAUUGAAUGCAUUAAAAAUGGGAAAUAGCAAUGCUUACAGUGAAAAGGAACUUAAUGAAAUAGGUGAGGAGGUAAAAGAUGUGUUCUUGUGCCAUGAACAUGGAAAAACAAAAUUUAGGCAUUCUUCUGUUCAGGAUUUUAUAGCUGCAUUGUAUGUUUUUCACAACCCAGCCAAAGCUUGCAGAGAUUGGUUGUCAAGUGCUCCAAGUUUCAUGAGAGUAUUUAAAUUUGUUUGUGGCAUGUGGUGUAACUCUGGCUUUUGGGGUGAGGAUAGCAGGCCUUCAGACCAAGUAGUGACUUACAUGGAAGGUUAUUUAACUUGCCUUCUUGAUAUUAAAAGCCUGACAAAAUGUAAGGAAAAUAGAGUAAUAGAGCCAAUGGAAGUUGAAGGAUCAAAGAACAAGAUGUGUAGCAGUGAACAAGGAAAAAAAAAAUCUGGAAAUCCAUUAAGAAAUGCUAUGGCAAACUGGGACUUUAUAAUGGCACUGGACGAUGUUUGUAAACAAACAAAAGUGAUCAACUUACUUGUUGAGUUGCUUUCUUCAACACCUUGUUGGAUAAUAAAUACAGAGAAAUUUGAUGAUAGAAAAUUAAGAAGAUUGGCUAUUUUGCUGAAAAAAGUGAAAUUGGAUAGGGAUCAUCCAGUGACCAUCAAGUUAGAAAGUACUCUGGAUGUCAGGAUGCUCAUAAUGAUGUGGAAUAAAUUGAAGAACAUAGAAAGUUUACAAAAUUGCACCAAAGUAAAGUUUUAUGUUGCUGGAGAUAAUUGUUUCCCAUACGCUUAUCAAGAUUCUCUUAGAGAUCUUUGCAGAACAUUAGUGAGUGCUUGUUGCCCUAUAUAUAUCACGUCUUAUACUGGUCCUUUAUUAUGUUCUACAACUCUUGAAUUCUUAAAAGGGUUCUCACUGAAGACUUUGGACACUAUUGAUGUUACUGUCUAUGAUGUUUCUUCUCUUAUCGAGAUUUUGAAAUGUGACCACUUACCAGACCUCAAGUAUAUCUCUGUAACAAUCGAAUUAACAAUGGAAGAACAACUCCUUACAUCAGUAAAGCCAUUCAGUGUUCCAGAUCAUCAUUCACUUAAAUUAAGGAUCAAAUAUUUUGACAAUAUCCAGAAAUUUCUAGAUAUGGUACGGUUUCCUGGUCAUGUCAGGUCGUUAAGUAUUUAUGAUAUAUAUAUCACUGUUGAGUUCAGUUUAAAUCUGAUGGCUUUUGAAGAAAUGGAAAACCUGAGUUUAAGAUUUCAGCCUUCUGACUCCGAUCAGUCUCACGCCCAGAAUCGUUUUAUAGAUGAAUAUUUCCAUCAGAAAUCAGCCCAUGAAGACAUGGAUAUUGAUAGCAAUACUAUUGCAGCUGGCAAGAAUUACACAAUCCCUAGACAAGGGUGGAUGCUCUCUAUUACUGUUAAAAUAAAGCAGCCACCAAAACUAGAGAGGUUGCUUUUAAGAAAUAUGGAUUUUUAUGGUGAUUCCAACAAUAAUUUGUUACUAAAUAUUUUGAAACUAUACAGAAUACAGAAGUUAAUCAUAUUGGACUCCCAACUCUCUCUGAAAGGAGUUAGAAAGGUUUUAAGCUCCCACACAAGUGAUGGCGACGACAUAAACUUUGUGACCAAGAAACUAAAGAAUAACCAGUUGGAAAUGGACAGUGAUGAGAAAUUGCUGAAAAGGCCAAGACUGAGCGUUGAUGAACGCGAGCUAAAAAAGAUUGACAAACCAAAAGGCAAGGAGAUUGUAAUUACGUCUGAGAUAGACAUUUGUACGUCUUGUAGUCUGUUCCCUUGUGUAUGUGCCAGUGUGGAAUUGAGUAGGAAGGAGAACUUUGAUGAUCUAGCAAAUUUGCUUAAGGAUGUUUAUUUGUAUGACAUCGUAAGUUUUAAUUACUCGAGCAAAUUUGUAACUAUCAGGAAGGAUGUGUGUGGAGACUUGAGAGUACACUGUGCCUUGCCUGGGUUAAAGGAUGAAACCUCUCAUAAUCUUAGCUCAGAUCAAUCUUUAUUCUACAGGUUCUUUAAAACAUUAGCUUUGGCACAGAGUAUUUCUUUAGAACAAACUAAUCUCUCCUUUCAAGGUGUGUUGAAUAUUGUUGAUUAUCUUAAACAGGUAAAGAAGUCAUGCUCAGAGCAUUUUUCUCUGACAAUUAUAUCUUCUUAUCAUCCUUUUGACGAUGAGGUCGUACAUCCAUUUAUAGAAAUGAUCAGGAUGGAAAGUGUGUUUUCAACAUUCAAUUUUUUAUGUUCAUGUGAAAACAAGUGCCUUAAAAUUAAGAAAACAUUCAAUGGUAAGAUGAUGUAUAAUGACCGUUUGCAAAAUGGCUGAGAAUAUAGUUUUACACCGGGUGGUUUGAUUAUGUAGUGAAAGUGGUAUGCACCUUCUGGAUUUUUAGUGAGAGCUAUCCUUGUUUAGUGGAGGAACUUUUAUAUAGUGAUAUUUAGAAAAUAUUCCCACAAAUGUAUUGUUCAUCUUACUAGUUAUGUUGUUGCCUACAUUCAUUUACUUCUCAUUUGUUAACUGUUUAAUUUUGUACAAUAGAUGAGACUUUGACCACAAUGAUAUAAAUACCAUUUAUUUAAAAUUUGACACAAGUUACUGUAACUGUAAAUUUUAGCAUGUAUGGGGGUUUCUGCCUUCCAAAAUACUACAUGAAUUUUCCAAAUUGUAAUACUAGUGGCCUUCAUGUUAGUAUUUAUGUAUGAUAUUAAGUUCAGUAUAUCAUAGUUUUACUAGACCACUGAGGUGAUUAACACCUCUCCUAGGGCUGGCCCGAAGGAUUAGAUAUUUUUAUGUGGCUAGGAACCAAUUAGUCACCUAGCAACGGGACCUACAGCUUAUUGUGGAAUCCGAACCACAUUAUAUCAAGAAAUGAAUUUCUAUCACCAGAAAUAAAUUCCUCUGAUUCUGCGCUGGCCAAGCCGAGAAUCGAACUUUGGACCAUCGGAUUGGUAGCCAAGCGCGAAAACCACUUGUCCAACGAGGAAAUUAUGUAUGAUAUGAUAUUUGUACCUGUGACGAUAGAGAUCCAUGUUCUCACUGGCACAUAUAUCAUAUGUAUGAUAUGAUAUGAUAUUUGUACCUGUGAGGAUAUGGAUCUCUGUAAUUUGUAUGGCUUUACCUUUUGUAAAGCUGAUCCAUUCGUUUUUAGUUUGGUAAAUUGCUAGAUGAUUGGGAAGGUUGGAGUACUCCCCAAUUACUUGACCGUGGAUGGUCACUUUUUCUGUGGUUGUUCAUUUGGUAAGAUAUCUCCACUGUUGCAAGAAUUCCUUAACAUGGGUGUUUUAUGUUGAAGAUUUGGCUUUUGCUGUACUGGCUUUUUGUUGGAUAUGAGUGUGAUUGUUAUUAAAAUGAUUAUGGCUGAGUCUCUCAAAUAUUAUUAGCAUGGGGGUAUAACAGUGGUGGGAACUUUGCUGUUACCUGUGUUGAUUGCAUGGUUCAGGAGGUAACACCCUCCAUUCUUUUGGAACCCUUCAAGGAUCUCUUGCUGGGGCCCCGUGCUUCUGCCUCAGGAUUGGUACUUAUAUGCAGAUGCCCCUCAGUCCAAGGGAGAUGGGAAGGGUUGGAGGGUGACUGAACAGCUCGCCGCCCAGGAUGGGAUAGUGUUCCCACUUCAGUUACCUACCCUUCUUCUUUAUGUAUCCCUGAUCCUGCUUUGCCAACUGCAUAAGGGAGUUGCUGGGAGUCAGCUGCUGAAGGUUUAAACAUGGGUAAGUUCUUGGUUGCCCUGGUGGAGCACUUGGAUUUUCUUUGAGAUGAUGAUAACAUCAUAAUUUUAUGUAUGCAACUUACCAAGUAGUCACAUAGCUAUAAGUAGUUUCUAAAACCGUCGGCAGCUAGAAUUUUUGAAAUUCGUGGAAGCGCAAGUUUGUUUUGGUCAGGUGAUAACCCCCGCCCUCUAUCGGGGGAGUGAGGAACCAACACCGUCUGAAAAUCAGUUGUUUCUGCCGGCUGGUACUGUCAACACAGUUUCAGUAGCAGCGGAAUUUUUGGAAUUCUUUGCCAUCGCUCUUUGUUGGAGUUAUUUGGUAAAGUACUCUGAACAUUGGAAGUUUUGUUUUCGGUGAUAGCUAUUUAGGAAUUGAUAAUAGUUUUAAAUAGUUUUGCACUGAAAUUCACAAGUUUUGAAUUGGUCUACAUAAUGUCAGACACUAGUUCAUCUGGGAUUAGGUAUUGUAGUAAAGGCUGCAAUACUAGGAUCGCUAAAGUGGGUAAUGAUCCACAUUCAAUUUGCACAGGUUGUAAGGGGACAGACUUGUACACCAGAUCAAACUUGUGGGGAGUGUAUUAAUUGGGAUCAAAGAACUUGGAAGAUCUUGACUAGUUACACAAACAAGUUAGAGAGAGAUAAAAAGAGAAAAGCGGCUUCUAGACUAAAGCAAAAAACUUAAGUCAGGAAUUGUCUAAUGAUACUUUGUCUCUUUUGAACCUUCCCCUCCACCUGUCAUUCCCAGUCCUAAUCUUGGCUUUCUCACACCCGUACCCGAUGCUGUGACCAAUUUAGAGGCAAGAGUCGAUCAGAAAUUUUCGAUCAUGCUCCAAGCAAUGGAGAAAUUAGGAGCGUCCGUGAAAACCCUGAUGGACAAGGUAAGUGGUGAAGUGAGCACAAGUGUAAGUGUGGUGGAGGAGGUGGCUGUUCAGCCCACUGAUUAUCCUAGGCAAAGGUCCCUGUCAAGCUCCCCAGAACCUGGGAGGAGGCAUACUGGUAGCCCAAGGGAGGUUAGUGGGGUCUGCCCACGAGCAGUCGCCCCUUCAGGUGAUUCUGUUGACAAAUCCCAGAUUGCAACAGAGCGCCAUUCGAAAGGUGUCUCUAAAGGAGUACCGCUGUCGUCUAGUGCUUCCAGCUAAGGGGAGUCCUCUCAGAGGCGCCAGUGGCGAUUCCAUGACGAGUCCCGUCCAUUGAAAAGGAGGGCUCAUAAGUUGACUCCCUCUCCAGUCCCCUGUAAAAAGGCUAGCCCUUUACGGAAGGAACAGCUUUCCUUUAGUUUUUGGGACUCUCCAGAGGGAUUCUCUCAGGAUACGGCAGGAGAGGGACGUCGUAGUGAGAGGAUCACAUCCUCUAAGUCAAAGUCGUCGUCGAGAAAGUCUUCCUCUAGCAGACGCUCAGAGGUGAAGAGUACGGGGAAGAGUAGACUUUCGGAGAUGUGAUCAGCACCGGUCCGCACAUGUAAUACUGAAGGACAGGUAAGACCGCCAUCAGUCCCUCCUGUAAUUCCCGAGACUCCUGGGAGACAUCUUCAGCGUUCGGAGCAUGAGAACCCGCCAAUUCCCGAGCGCCCAUCGGCGCCACAGUUUGCCCACUCGCCAGAGCAGCUUUUGGCGCCCGGAACUUCCGCAGCGACGCUAGAACAAACUUUGGCUCCCAAGCGUCUAUUGGCGCCCAGGAAUACAGUUACAACCGAGCGUCCACUAGCGCCCAGGAAUCCACGAGCACUCGAGCGUCCAAGAACACCCACUAGCGCCCAAGCGUCCGCUAGUGCCCGCUAGCGCCUGAGCGGCCCGCUAGCGCCCAAGCAUCCACAGGUAUAUAUCCAACCAAGUGCACAGAGCGACCAGUCUGAAGCGCCCGGACAGCCUAUGUCAUCAAUUUCAGCUUCGGGCCUACCGACAGGACUUCAGAUGAUGGCUGCCCCCGAUCAUUCUCUGUCAGCCAUCCAGAAUAAGUUAGACAGCAUUUUGGGCUUUAUUCAGUCUGCGGCGCCCCUAUCCAACCUUUUGAGACUUAUCACCUAUUUCUUCAGCCGAAGAAGAAGAGAAAGAAGGAGAGGAGGAUAAAGAGUCUUCUCUCACGGCCUACAAAGCCUUGCUUUUUUACUUUGUAGACAAUUUUUCAGAUUCAUUCUCACCAGUAACCCCCAUGUCUCUAGUGUCUUCUUACAUGAGGGACAACCAGGAAGACUCCAGGAAAUUACUGAAGCUAGUACUGUCCUUUUCGGCUCGAAAAGCGUUAAAGGAAAUUAACCUUUGGCUUAAGGAUAAGAGGGAUCAAGGCAAGGUCAACUUCUACUUCCCUCCUUCUCGUCUUUCAACUAGGAGACACUUGUGUUACGAAACCGGAGAAGCUCUCUCUUUGGGUGUGUCUGCCUCCGCCCAGGGAGACUUCUCCGCGCUUAUUGACUCGGCAAGAAGAUCGGCUUUCAACUCGGCUAAGAUAAUGUUUACGGCAUCAGAAUUAGACCACCUCAUUAAGAAUAUCUUCAACCCUUAAACGCCUAAAGGGUAUCAUAAAAAUCGUCUCCCUUAUGCCUAGGGGGCCUCGGAGUGAGCGCCGAAGCGGAAAAAAUAUUUUGUUAAAAAAUCACAGCGCACUUAGUUUUCAAGAUUAAGAGUUCAUUUUUGGCUCCUUUUUUGUCAUUGCCUGAAGUUUAGUAUGCAACCAUCAGAAAUGAAAAAAAAUAUCAUUAUCAUAUAUAAAUACUGCGAUAUAUGAUAGCGUGAAAACAAAAUUUCAUAUAUAAUUGUAUUCAAAUCAGGCUGUGAGCAAAACGGUUAAAGCUAAUGAGUUAAUAUUUUUUCGUUGUAUUGUACACUAAAUUGCGAUCAUUUUGGUAUAUAACACAUUGUAAAACAAUCAAAGCAACACAGAGAAAAUAUUAUCACAAAAUGAUGCAUGAAUUAGUAACGUGCAGACGUAAAAAAUUAUUUUUUCAAAAAUUCACCAUAAAUCUAAAUAUUGUUCUAGAGACUUCCAAUUUGUUUCAAAAUGAAGAUAAAUUAUUGAAUAUUACUAUACUGUAAGAGUUUUAGCUUACAAUUGCAGUUUUCGACCGUUUCGGACGAGUUAAAGUUGACCGAAUGUCAAAUUUUUUUUGUUUUUUUUAUAUGCAAAUAUUUCAAAAAUGAGAAAAGCUACAACCUUCAAUAAUUUUUUUUGUAUUCUACAUGAAAUUACACACAUUUUCAUAUAUAAAACUCUAUGAAACACUAAAUAUGAAACGGAGCAAAUAUUCCGAGAAUGCGAAGUACGCAUUUCGGAGAUUUGCGGCGGAGAAUCCGCUCGCGGAGGGAAGGAAAGUUUUUUUUUUAAAUUCACCAUAAAUCUAAAUAUUUUGCUAGAGACUUCGAAUUUGUUUCAAAAUGAAGAUAAAUGACUGAAUAUUACUAGACUGUAAGAGUUUUAGCUUACAAUUGCGUUUUUCUACCAUUUCGGUAGAAUCAAAGUUGACCGAACUUGGUUUUUUUUCUAUUUAUCGUGAUUUAUAUGUAAAUAUUUCAAAAAUGAGAAAAGCUACAAUCUUCAAUUAUUUUUCGUUGUAGUAUUCUACAUGAAAUUGCGCACAUUUUCAUUUAUAAAACUUUAUGUAACGGCUACUUUAAAAUGGUGCAAACAUUACAACAAUCGCACGUAUGAUUUUUUCGGAAGAGUUACUGUGCGGAAGUAAGGAUUUUUUUUUUUUUUUUCAUAAAUUCACCAUAAAUCGAAAUAUUGUGCUAGAGACUUCCAAUUUGUUGCAAAAUUAAGGUAAAUGAUUAAAUAUUACUAGAAUAUAAGAGUUUUAGCUUACAAUUGCGUUUUUCAACCAUUUCGGUAGAGUCAAAGUUCACCGAAGGUUGAAAUUUUGGCACUUAUCCUUAUUUAUAUGAAAAUAUUUCAAAACUGAUAAAAGCUACAACCAUGGGUUGUUUUUAGUUGUAUUGUGCAUGAAAUUUUGCACAUUUCCAUAUAUAAAACUUUAUGUAACGGCUAAUUUAAAAUGGUGCAAACAUUACGACAAUCUCACGUAUGAUUUUUUCAGAAGAGUUACCGUGCGGACGUAAGGAAAAAGUUUAUUUCAUAAAUUCACCAUAAAUCGAAAUAUUGUGCUAGAGACUUCCAAUUUGUUGCAAAAUGAAGGUAAAUGAUUGAAUAUUACUAAAAUAUAAGAGUUUUAGCUUACAAUUGUGUUUUUCGACCAUUUCGGUAGUGUCAAAGUUGACCGAAGGUUGAAAUUUUGGCACAUCGUUAUUUAUAUGAAAAUAUUUCAAAACUGCUAAAAGCUAAAAUCAUGAGUAUAUUUUUGUUGUAUUCUACAUGAAAUUGCACACGUUUUCAUAUAUAAUACUCCAUGUAACGGCUAAUUUAAAAUGGUGCAAAAAUUAUGUCAAAGUGACGAAAUGAUUUUUGAGAUGUGUCACUGAUACUUUUUAGUGCGAUAAGAAAGAAAUUCGCGCUUGCGCGCCUGCGUAACGAUUGUAAACAAAACAACACCUUGAUCCGUGAACUCCCAGCAUCCCCCAAGGCGCGUGAUUCAAAAGUUUUAGGCUGGUAGGCCUAUAAGUAUUUUUCCGCGAAUUUAAAAAAGGGAUUUUGACGUAAGGAAAAAUCUAUUUCUGGGCGAUUGGCUCGUGUCGCCAGCGAAAUAUCCUUUAAUCUAUUAUUUCUAGGGUAAAUGUACUAACACAUACCAGAGAAUAAAUAAAAUAAAGAAAAAGGUCAGUGUAACUGACUCGCUCACCCUCCAAGAGGGUGUCGGUAUGAACACUAGGCGAGUGAGACCACUACCACGAGCCAAAUGCCAAUAGAAAUCUCCCACUACAAAAACCCUCCAUGAGGAGAGCCGACCCACAGAGUGAGCAGCUCGUACUACUACUACU